AUCAUUACCGCGGUAACGUGCAAUCCACUCAAUCUCCACCCGCUCUCCGAGAGAUCUAUCGCCGCGCUCGGGCACGAGAGAGAAAGAGAGAGAGAGAGAGAGAGAGAGAGAGACAGAAAGACCCACGCCCGGCGUAUCUCGAGAGGGACGAUGGACGCUAAACGCAUCACGGGCUUGAUCGCCUUCGUCGUGAUCGUCGGCUUCGCCAGCGCGAACGAGAAUUACAUGGAUUACGGAGAUGAGCCGGCGGAGAAAACGGCCGAGAACAUCCGCGAGCUCUACAGGCUCCUGCUGCAACGCAACGCAUUGGACAAUAUUGGCAUCCCGCUGGAGCAUCUGAUGAUACGGAAGUCGCAGAGAUCACCGUCCCUGCGUCUGCGAUUCGGCCGUUCCGGCCCGCACUCCGCGGGGGUCCUGCCGAGACCGAUGGGCGUAGCGGCGGCGGCGGGAUACGACGACAACAAUUAAUCGGCGGCAGCUGAUUUAGCCGGAGGCACCUUUUCCGUUUCGUUCGUUGAUGAAAACGCCUACCCUCUUCUCUCGUAUAAAUUACGCAUUACUCUGUUUCACUUCACGGUGCUCUGUUCCGCGCGCGUUCGCCGACCUUCCCGAAGCUCUCUCGCGUUAUACUCCUUUAAGAAGCGAAGAAGCGGGCCGGAGAAAACAAUUUACGUGUUUCUCGAUUGUGUGAAACCCGAGGAUCGGAUGGAAAUGGAAGGGGAGAGGAAGGGAGAGAAAGAGAGAAGGAGAAAGAGAAAGAAAGUUCUUCUUCGUCAAUUAAUUAAACCUAAAACCGCGGAGAGAGAGAGAAGGAGAGAGAGAGAGAGAGAGACGCCGACGGUGAUUGAUCGCGUGUGAACACGUAGUUUCUUCCGCGCAAGGCCGCGUCUUUAGGAGAUCCCCGACGUAACAAUUCCCGCGUUCGGAGAGAAGCACCAACACUCGCAGCAGCUGAACUCUUUCGCUUCGCGCCCGUUCGAAUUCCACAACGCGUCGACACGUCCCUACCUCGCUGUUCCCCUUAAUUAGCGACGGCGCUCUGCAAGAGGACACUUGGCCUAAGUCCCUCAUUCGACGCGCGAGGUAACUAAUCCGCGCGUCUCGAUCUCGUUACGGACGCUAUUACCCCUCCGUUUAAUUAUUGUCGCGCGCCGAUAUGUGCGUUACAUUCGCGCGUUAUCCACCUUGGCCGGCUGCUUUCGACAGACCGGACGAAUGACGAAUUCAAUUGUCAUCGGCGAGAAGCGAAACGCGACGUUCGACGUUUCGAGAGAGAGAGAGAGAGAGAGAGAGAGAGAAAGACGGGACGAGCUCGGAUUGAAUUUGUACAGAGCCGACAUGAAUUACGAAUCGAUAAACGCUAUCUUAUCGGUGUUCUGUUUUCGCGCUUUCACGGACUUGAUUCCGGUCCUUCUUGGCCGUCUUCGGGGGCCUCUCGACAGCACAGCAAUUCCGAGCAAUUCCGUAGACCUUCCACGCUGGACCACGUCGUCUUAAGAAAGGAUGGGCUCUCUCUCUCCAGCCGUAGUAGGAUCGUAAAAAUCACUCGAUAGCUCCGAGACGCUGUGUAAUUGUCAACAGCUGGCCUGUUGGUCCACCGGUCGGUCGCUAAAGGCGUGGUCUCUCGAUAAAUGUGCCAAAUAACAUGACCGUUGCUUUGUCGUAAGAUAGAGGAAAGGGAAUCAAGUGGAAAGGCAAAGACGCGGUACUCCCCGCGGUAAUCUGAGGACGUAACGCAGAGGCAGGCUAAGAAGCCGGCGCGUCUCGAUGUUCGAAGACUUCGGGUAUCAUCUGUGCGGAAUACGGGUCGUUCGAUGAAGCCAUAAAGAGGGUCGUGUCUCAAUACUGUGUGAAUAUGUCGAUUUGCAAAAUUAAAAAUAAAUUAUUAUGUAACACUGUGUCACAUUUA